AUGGACGAGGCUUUGCCAGGUUGGGAGAAAGACACAUCCUCGACAUCCGGUCCAGUGACAAGGCCUUCUCUCCGGGCUCGGAAUGACCAGAAAUGGGACUCGCUUCAGGACGAGAUACGCCACAUAUAUAUCACCGAUGAUUUCACACUUCAAAAUACAAAACGAGUUAUUGAGGAGAAACAUGGAUUCAAGGCUAGUGAGAGGAAAUGGAAAGAAAAGCUAAAAGAAUGGAAGUUCGACAAGAAUAUCUCAGCCGCCGAUAUGAGUAUCCUAGUAGCAAAAGCGGCAAAGCGGAUGCAUGAUGAAGGCAAAAGGACUGUUUUCUUCCUGGGAGAAUCUCAGAUCACGCGAGAAAGAAUUGAGCAGUUCAAACGGAGAAAAUUAACCAGGGAAAUUGACGACAUAUCUGCCGAAGCAGGUAAGUGUGAUUACACCACAAUAAAAACAUGGUAUUGA